AUGUUCGCCCAACGAAGCGCCGACGCGUUCGGCGCGCAUAAAACCGUAUCUCCGACCUUCUCCAGGCGUUCGAUCGUCACCGAAUCGCGUCUGCGUCCGGGACGACAGGGCGUGCAGCGCAUUUAUCGCCUGACUCAGGAGAAAGCGAUGAUUGGCGAGUACGAGUACCUCGAAUCCAUCGGUGUCCCUCGAGCGCAGGCGCUACAGGUGAUGUCGCGAGCGUCCACGGCAUUCGAGGCGGAGAUGGCGAAGAAAGGGUUGGAUCCAAAGGCGAUGAAAUUCGGGGCAGAGGAAAUGUGCGAGGUGGUGGAUUUCUUAAAGCUGCGCGGCGUGGAUGAAAAAGGGGUCGGCGCGUUGGUGAUUCGACAUCCCGCGGUGCUAUCUUACAGCGUGAAGGAACGAUUGGAGCCGCUUUUUGAGUAUAUGGAGGCGCAAUUCGAUCGAAACGCGGCAAUGUUUGUGGAGGACAUCGAGCGCAGGCCGAGUCUGCUCGGUUUGGACGCGGACGAAAACGUGAGAAAGAUGGUGGAUUACUUGCUCGCGAGCGGGAAGACGAAAGAAGAGGUGAUGGAGUAUUUGUUACGUUCGCUGUAG